GGUGCGGUACAGGAGCGAGCUGUGCUGCGCAACAAGGGAAGGAAGCUUAGGUUGUGUCGGGUCCGGUGUUACUGCCAACAAGGUUGACAGACGUCACCUCACGCCCUUGGCGUUUGUAAGAACCAAUUCAAUUCCAAUUCAAUCGAAACGAAGGAGGGUGGUCAAGAGUUGACCCGACCAGAUUAAAUAUCUCCCUUCCCCCGCCCCAAAUCUCGAAACACUUUGUCUCUGAUACUCAUACCAACCAAGUCAUCAAAACAUUUGAUCUUCAAAAACAUCUGAUCUUCUCAGUAUCACGCAACUUUCUUGAUCAGCAACAACCAACACUACUCAGUAUUAAACAUCCUUCCCGACUAAACACAACAAACACAAUUCAACAUGUCGUCCACUGAGGGCAUGAUCAACGGCGGAAGCUCAACCGCCAACUCAAAGGCUCCCGCUCCCGCAUAUGAUCCCGAGCACACAACCGAGCAUACACAUGCUUCCACCGAAGGCAAUGGAGGCUUCAUCUCCCAGAACAAGAUGACUGUUGUGCCCCCCAAGAAGGAAGACCUCCAGCGCAAGUAUGCCACUGUUGUUGAACAGGAGGCCGGUGACAACGACUGGUACGGAGGCAUGAUGAACGUUCUCGGAGGUAUCGUCGGAACCAUGGGCGCUAUUCCCUGCUGCAUCAUCUGUCCCAACCCUUACAAGGAAGUCCACCAGGGCAACGUUGGUCUUGUCACCAAGUUUGGAAAGUUCUACAAGGCUGUCGAUCCUGGUCUGGUCAAAAUCAACCCUCUCAGCGAGAGACUUCUUCAGAUCGAUGUCAAGAUUCAGACCACCGAGGUUCCAGAGCAGAUCUGCAUGACCAAGGACAACGUUACCCUUCGCCUGACCUCCGUCAUCUACUACCACAUUGUCUCUCCUCACAAGGCUGCUUUCGGUAUCAACAACGUUAAGCAAGCUCUUAUGGAGCGUACUCAGACCACUCUCCGUCAUGUUGUCGGUGCUCGCGUCCUUCAGGAUGUCAUUGAACGUCGUGAGGAGAUUGCUCAGUCAAUUGGAGAAAUCAUCGAGGAUGUCGCUGCCGGAUGGGGUGUUCAGGUUGAGAGUAUGCUCAUCAAGGAUAUCGUUUUCAGUCAGGAGUUGCAGGAGUCUCUCUCCAUGGCUGCUCAGAGCAAGCGUAUCGGUGAAAGCAAGAUCAUCGCUGCCAAGGCCGAGGUUGAAUCCGCCAAACUCAUGCGACAGGCUGCCGACAUCUUGAGCUCGGCUCCUGCCAUGCAGAUCCGAUACCUCGAGGCUAUGCAGGCGAUGGCCAAGUCCGCCAACAGCAAGGUCAUCUUUCUGCCUGGUGCAAGCCAGAGCAUGGGCGGCGCCCUCAAUGCCGCCCUGACCAACGAAACUGGCGAGUCCAGUGGCAACAACUUUGGCGGACAGCAAGACUUUGGAGGUCAGGACCCAGGUUUCCAACAGGCUAUGAACGCCCGCGUUGUGGAGAACAUCUAGAUGCAGAUGCUCUCCCAUCGUGCCUUUCAAUUUUGAGGUGAUGGUUGGCUAACGCUUGAGGGUUUCCCGUUUCGGGAUUUAGCCUGGUCUACUUGAUUCCGAAAGCAUCGUUCCGACUGCUCUCUUCUCGUCUUCAUCAGCGCUAUACCCCGGCGUCAACCUCCCAACUCAACUAGUUAGCCUGGCCCAUUUUUGCUUUUUCCCCAACGCUACUCUCUGAUACCCGUCUCGACAACUCGCUACCACUUCUUUUGGUAUUUUGUAACUUCAGUGUAUGUAUUUUACUCUUCUAUUCUUUGGACAAGGUGGCGGUGGAAUAAGGUGGUGUAGCUUUGUGCUUGCUAUUCUCAAGGAUACCCUUUGUUUGCUCAGGUGAGCGCUUAAUGAGGACUGGAACUCUGGAUGAUGAUGGAUGGCUACAAUACCCAAUCGCUAC